AGUGAAAAUGGCAACAACUAUGGCGGCCGGAGAAGAACGUGCUGCUUCUGAAGUUUUGAGAGCGCUUGCUCGACAUCUAAACUGUCUCAACGAAGACAGCAAAACCACAAGAAAACGAGCGCUUGAAGCAAUCAAAAGAGAAACGAUUGAUAAAGGGCUUUCGAGCGGCGUGUUGCAGGAGGUUUUCACGUGUCUGCUGAAGUCGCUCCUGAAAUGCCUGUCAGAUCCUAUGGAAAGAUGCAGAGAGACUGCCAUACACAUGCUUGGAGAUUUUAUUCGGUGUGUUCCUCAACCGGAGGAUUCGUUGCCUUAUCUCAUGCCCGCUUUGACGCAGCGGCUCGGCGGGAAAGAGAUCCUGGAGCCCGCGGAGGAACUUAGGCUGUCCAUGGUGGAGGUUCUGACUCUCACAGUGGAGGUGUGUGGCAGGCACCUAGCUCCCUACCUCGACGAUAUGAUGAAGAUAUUGCAGAGAACUAUUGUCGACCCUUUCCCAGACGUCAAAAGGGAGAGUUGCAAAUGCACUGUUCAUUUUGCAAAAAGUGUGCCAGAACAUUUCCACAUGCAGGCAGAGAGCCUGGUCAAGCCCCUGAUGCAGACCGUCUCCCACCAGCAUUCCCGUGUGCGUGUGUCCACCAUCGAGGCCACUGGAGCGGUCAUCCAGUACGGCACGGGGAAGAACGUGGACGAUGUGCUCUCUCACCUGGCACAGAGGCUGUUUGACGACUCACCACAGGUGAGAAAAGCUGUGACUGUGGUUGUUGGUGACUGGCUGCUCCACCUGCGAGACAGAUACUCCUACUUCCACAAGCAUCCCCUCCUACUGAGCAGCCUCAGCGAUGACAUCCCAGAGAUAAGUCAACGAGCUGCUGACCUGUGGAGGCAGACAGGCGCUCUGUGGGAGCAGGAGAAUGAGGAUGACCUGAAGGACAAGAUGGACUUCCUCCUAACCCCACCUGACCUCUACCCUGCUGGAGUGGUGCGUCCGGGCCUGGGCUGCAGGGAGCUGGUGGUGAGGAACCUGUCCAACCUGCUGCCGGCGUUGGCUCGCGACGUGGUUGACUGGGUGGCGGGCACGCGGGUCAAGACGGCCCAGCUGCUGUAUGCCCUGCUGCUGCACGCUGAGGACCACUGCACCCAGCACCUGCAGUUGCUGCUCUCCACGCUGUACCGCGCCUGCAAUGACCCCGAGAUCGACGUGGUCACCAACUGUCUGAGGUCUGCCAAGCUGCUGGGGACCUUUGUCAGCCCUGAGGUCUUCCUCAAGCUGCUCCUGGUCCACUUGGAGACCCCUUCCUCCUCCUCCUCCCCCCACACCCCCCUCAUGGUCCUGGCUGCCGUGCUGGGGGGCUCCGGGGAGCUCUUGAAACCACACCUCCAGAAGAUCGCUGAUACGCUGGUCCAACCAGACGUCUGCCAGGAGUACCAGCAGGCGGUGUAUCUGGACCAGUUGCUGUCCUGUGUGGAUGUUCUGUUGUCUGUGUGUGAGAAGGACUGUUGCUCGGUCAGUCUACAGCUGUUACAGGUGCUGGUUACUGUCCAGAGCCUCUCCACUGAGACACAGCUCACUGACAAGGCAGAGCAGAGCGUAGUGUCUCUGUGUAAGGUCCAGGGUCUGGCUACAGUAGCUGACCUCUACAGGCAGCACAUGGAUCAGCUGCUCCAGUGGCUCUCAGCCUCUCAGAAGACCUGGACCAGCUACUCCCCCCAGAGACUGCAGCUCCAGGUCAUCGCCACCCAAUCAGGCCCAGUCAUUGGAGAGUUCCUGCCCUUGCUAAUGCCCCUUCUGCAGAACUGUCUGGACCCAGAGAGAGACCCUGAGAUGAGACUACACAUCUUCACCAUGCUGUCCAAACUGCUGCUGGACGCUACACACACACUGGACUCCCAGGGGUGA